UGAUUUAUUUGAAAUAUGGCAAUAAUAUUUGUAUCUUUCAGAGGUUAUAAAGCAGCUCGGUUCUGUGUGAAGUUAAAGUCCCAAUGUGUUGGCUUGCAGAGAGUCAACAAUAACAUAGUUGUUGGAACUAUGGAUGAUGUUCUUAGCAGUUAUAAUACUAAGGGUAAAUGUUUAUGGAAUGUGAAACUUCCCAGUAGUAUAGUCACACUGGAAUCUGUGGACAUUAUGCAGAUGGGUUUGCGAUUAAUAGCUGUUGCUUUAGGUGAUGGAACAGUUCAUUUUUAUCAGGACAAGUUUCUGGUUGAUGUCUUAGCUGCUGAAGAUGUUGUAUCAGCUAUUCGAUUUGGAAGAUUUGGACGUGAAGAUAACUCCCUCGUUAUGUGCAUGAGAGGUGGCGGUUUAGCAGUGAAAAUUUUGAAGAGAACUGCUAAGUUCCAGAGUCAGGACUAUUUCUCCUCUGCUCGAGAUCUUCAAAAUACUAAACUAAACCUACCUAAGAAAACAAAAUUGUUUGUUGAUCAGACCAUGAGGGAAAGAGAACAUUCCAUCAUAAUGCACAGAGCUUUUCAACAUGAUUUAUAUCGUCUCCGUCUUACAACUGCCAGGGCAUAUGUGAAUGCCUUAACAUCUAGUCAGAAUCCAGUAUCAUAUGGUGCCAUUGAUCCUUUAAAACUAUCGGCCCAAGUUCAAGGCUUAGGCCCAAAAUUUAUGCUGUAUCUGGAACUUCAGAAUACCUCUAGAAAUAAACCUUCAGCAAACCUAUUUCUGACCUUCCACUGUGAUGCUCGAAUAUACAGAAUACAGAAAACUUAUAUACCAAUCCCUUUUUUGGCACCUGGACUUCCAUAUAAUUUUGUGACUCCAGUAGAAUGUGUGAGUGAGAUGAACAUAUCAGAUAUAAUUAAGGUAAAAAUAAGUAAUACUUUGUUUUUACUGCAUACUACAAUAAUUUUCAAAAUGUACAUAGUCAAAUUAAAUUUUUAAAGUUGUUAUUGAUAAGGUACAUGAAAAGGAUUACAACAAUAAUAAAUUUGAUGCCU